AUGGCAUUAACGCAAUUAAUUAAAUUGGUCGCUAUUAUUAGCAUCCCUUUUGCUGGAUAUGUUGCAUAUCAAAAUAAACUCUUGAAGGAUAUCCUUUUCAGUUUUCACAAUAAUCAACAACUUUGUAAUGUUCUUGCAACAUCUACAUAUGAUAUUCAAGCAAGUCAGUUGGGAAACAUGUCCUCUCUAAGUUGUUUUCUUAUCAAAUAUUACUUCAAUGAUAUUGUUCUGAACUUUAAUAAAUAUACAGAGUUGGUUUCUGAAUUUAGAAAAAAUUCAAAAGGCAUACUUAACGAUAUUAUUCAAAAUGGUCACAUAAAUUUGAAAGCUAUUGACAAUGCUACUUUGGCUUCUCUUUUGAAGAUUGGAAUUUUCAAUAAGGAUGGAUUAUAUCUAUCUUUUAGUUAUCCAGUUGCAGAACAAUUCUAUCGCAAAGAAUACAUCAAGACUUUUGUCUAUUCCAAUUUCAUACCUGUGUCAUCACCUCAAAUAGAUCAACAAGAGAUAACACAAUUUAUACACAAGGUAUUAAUAAAAAUUGAUAGAAGUUUAUUAAGAUUUACCUAUUCUAUAAAUGUAGAUAGAACUUAUAUAGAGAGAAUCUAUCAAAAUGAAUUUUACUAUAGUGUAUGGCCAGCAAGAUUAAGCUGCAAUAUUGGAAUUUAUUUUGGCAUGAAAGGGGCAGUUAACUUUUACCUAAAUAGCAAAUUUCAAUGGGCUUUUGAACUACUUAGAGAUGGGAAAAGACUUAAAGAGCAUUUUGAAAGAUUUCAAAAAUAUGGUAAAAUAAAGAUGAGGGAUUGGGCAGUAAUUGAUUUUUGUGUGAAGGAAACAAAUACUGUUCAGAACGAGUUUUCACAAGAUAAGUAUCAUUAUUGUUUAAUUAUAGGAAGCAAUUCUCAACAAGCCACCUUGUAUCAUAACUAUACAACUACUAUUUUUAAUUUAAUGCAGUCAAGAUGA